AUGGUCCUCUCAGUUAAUACGACAAAUAUCACUUUAUUGGAUUGGCUGUCUGCUAAAAACGAUAUCCCAUCAUUUCUCGAUUAUGCAUCUGUUAUAUUAUUUGGUAGUGAUCGUUUUGCCGUUGUAUCAAAUGAAAGCAAUCAGCCAGUGCAAGCAGGACUAGGAAAUGAUAGCAAAAUAAGGGCGGUGGAUAAUGAUUGUAAAGCAAACGAAAAGCUGUUCGAAUGUGGCGAAUGCUGUAAGCAAUUUAGUCGUGCAGGCAAUCUGAAACGCCAUAAGGCGAUGAUACAUACCGAUUACAAAUUGGUGCACAAGGAAGAACGACGAUUCGAAUGUAAAAUGUGCAAUGAAACUUUCAAAGAGCGCCACCAUCUAGGAGGCCAUAUGAUAACACAUACGAACGAAAAGACACAGAAAUGCAACGUAUGCAAUAAAGAAUUCAAACACUUUAAAGAUCUGCGGAGACACAAAUUGACGCACGGAAACGUACGAUUCCAAUGCAAAGAAUGUGGUAGGAAUUUCACUCAGAAAUGUAAUUUGAAAAGACACAUGAGAGCGCAUAAAAAUUCGGGUGAAGAGCCCUAUUCUACAAUGAGCUCCUUAAUUACAUCGAUCGCGGAAAAUAUUACUGUCACAGAAAUAUUAAUAACGAAGAUGAUUAUAUUCGCAGGACUAUGA